AUAACUCUUCUCCUAAUUUGAGCUUUUUACUCUUCCGCUGUUCACUCAAAAAGCCCUACUUCGCCUAUCUGCAAAUGGCCGCAGUGCCUCGCAUAUUCCGCUGUCCGUUUUCCACAGCAGACCUGUUCGACUCUGCGUUUCAAUUCAGUCGCCCUUCAAUUCCGGAUAAGAACCAGAGAAGUGGUAGGGGUCAACCACUUCGUCAUGCCAGAUUGGAGUGCCUUUUCGAUUUCCAAGCUUUGCACGGAUGCGAAGUUGUCCCACAUUGUCAAAGUGAUAGGUUUGCAUCUGCACGAUGGGUCGUUGAGGUUAAGUGACAGUAAUGAAGCAAGGAAACAUCAUGGCUCAUGAGAUAGUUAAACAGGCGCACACGGCCCACUAUGGAACACUUACCUAUUCAGAAGCUGCCAAACAGCCCCUAAAACGGUAGUACGUCCAGAGGAAGGGGCACCGGUGCCGGCGUCACAUGCAAAGACCGGCAAGGUGCUAGCUUCUUAGCCUAUUGAAUGGGGAGAUGCAGGCAAGUCCCAACUAACUUAUUAAAAAGGGGCAUUGUGAGCCUUUGAAGUCCCUUGCAGGCCAGUGAUAUAUGUUGUGUAGCCGUUGACAAAUCCGCCGCUAUGGUGAAAUAUGUACAAUAGCUUGUUGAGAAAACAUUGGCCCCAUUUGGCAUCACUGUUAGAUGUUAGCAUUAGCAUUUUGAAAAGGCUAUCUAACGGUUGGCGUUUUCAGAAUUGAUUGACAUCAUUAAAAUUUUAUCCAAAACGGUAACGCUAAUCGAAAAUGGUAUUCCCAAACAAGGCACAAAAAAUUGGAGACAGGGAGUAUGUUUGUUAUGUGCCUUCUACUAAAAAGUUACUUGUUUU